AUGAUUGAACCGAAACUGUGGAGCGAAAGCAACGACAUAACAAUCCAACCCAACAUUGAGUACCUCAACAAACUAAAGCCUUUAUUUCGAUGGAAAAGGGACGAAUCCAUCUUCGAGUACGGCAUGGGCGAUGGUAGCAACACCGAAAAAGUGUUGCUACCAUUCCUACCACCCGAUUUCAAAGAAUACAUCGGCACCGACGUGUCGGAGAAAAUGGUCCAAAGCGCCAAGGAAACCCUCCAGGAUCCCAGAAUCCAAACCAUUGUAUUAGAUAUAGGAAACGGCGACGUUUCCAACGAGUUCCAAAAUCGCUUCGAUCACCUAUUUUCAUUCUUCGUGAUGCAUUGGGUUCGACACACCAAACAAACCAUAGGUAACAUUUACAAAAUAUUAAAACCCGGCGGUCAAUUGUUCAUGAAUUAUAUAGAAAAAUCAUCGAUGGAUUACGUACACGAAGAAAUGUCGAAGAACCCGAAAUGGGGUAAAUAUGAUCACAGGAAAUGGAUGUCUCCGUUCUUUAACAGUUCCAAUCCGAGGGCGGAAUAUGAGAAGAUCAUACGCGAUGCAGGAUUUAAAAAUGUCCAAUAUUUAUCGGAAAAACGCCUCUUAAACCCCAUGCUACAAGAAGUGUCCGUGGAGGACUACGAUGAAUACAAAGAAGAAUAUUUAGAAAAAAUGAAAAACAACCCAUUAAAUUUCACGUACGUAGAUCCAAAUACCGGAGAAAUAGUUUACAACGCUACUUUCAUAUUAAACGUGGAUGUGUAUAAAAAGGAGCUCUCCUUGGCCGGAUUUCGAAUUGUCACCUACGAAAGGACCAAGAAGGUGUACGAAUUUCCCAAUAAAGAAUCUUUCAUUGGUUUCUGCUUGAGCAUCAAUCCUAUUUUAAGAGAAGUUUCUACAGAAGAUUUUGAAGAGUACCAGCAAUAUUAUUUGAAGAGUAUGGAAAACAAUAAACUGAACUUUACAAAAACAUGUCCCAAAACAGGCUAG